GCCCCCACCGGCGUCCCCACCGGCGACGUCGCCGGAAACGACGACGUCACAGGAAGCGAUGAUGUCACAGGAAGCGGCGACGUCACAGGAAGCGACGACAUCACCGGGGCCGCCCCCCCAGCUGUCGCCCACCCUGAGCUUCCCCCUGGGCCACCGCGUCCAGCUGGCCGCACGCGCCGCCGCCGCGCAGAUCCGGAUCCGGCUCCGGGGGCUCCGUUCCGGCUCUUCCUGGCGCAGCUUUGAGGACGUUCGGGCGGCGCUCGAGGGGCCCGGGACCCCCAUCAGUGAGUACGUGCUGCGGCACUGGCAGGAGGACGCGUUUUUCGGGGAGCAGUUCCUGAGCGGGGUGAACCCCGUCCUGCUGCGCCGCUGCCGCCGCCUGCCCCCCAACUUCCCCGUCAGCGAGCCCAUGGUGGCCCCGAGCCUCGGCCCCGGCACCUCCCUGCGCCGCGAGAUGGAGGGCGGGCGCCUCUUCCUGGCCGAUUACGCGCUGCUCGAGGGGCUCCCCACGGGGGACAUCGGGGGACACCCCCAGUUCCUGGCCGCCCCCCUGUGCCUGCUCUGGCUCAGCCCCCGCGGCCGCCUGCUGCCCGUGGCCAUCCAGCUGUCCCAGCACCCCGGGCCGGGGUCCCCGAUUUUCCUCCCGGGGGGCCGGGGCUGGGCCCUGGCCAAGCUCUGGGUUCGGGGCGCUCACUUCGUCCUGCACGAGAUGGUCACUCACCUGCUGCACGGCCACUUCCUGGCCGAGGCCUUCGCCGUGGCCACCCAGCGCCUGCCCGUGGCCCACCCCGUGCACCAGCUCCUCCUCCCCCACCUGCGUUUCACCUUCCACAUCAACAUCCUGGCGCGGGAGACGCUGCUGAACCCCGGCGGCAUCAUCGACCAGGCCACCGCGGUGGGCCGGGAGGGGACGCUGGCGCUGGUGGCCCGCGGCACGGCGGCGCUGACGUUCCGCGAGCUCUGCGUCCCCGACGACGUGGCCGAGCGCGGCGUUGGGGACAUCCCCGGCUACCACUACAGGGACGACGCGCUGGACAUCUGGGGCGCCAUCGAGAGCUACGUGGAGGGGAUCGUGGCGCUUUUCUACGCCGAGGACAGCGAGGUGGCCGAGGACGAGGAGCUGCAGGAGUGGGUGGGCGAGAUCUUCACCUACGGCGUCCUGGGCAACGAGAAGAGCGGGUUCCCGUCCAAGCUCUGCGGCCGCCCCGAGCUCGUCAAGUUCCUGACCAUGAUCAUCUUCUGCUGCUCCGCCCGGCACGCCGCCGUCAACAGCGGCCAGUACGACUACGCGGCCUGGAUGCCCAACACGCCGGGCACGCUGCAGCGGCCGCCGCCGGCCAGCGACGACGAGGCCACCGAGGAGCUGCUGCUGGCCACCCUGCCGGGCCCCGAGGCCACCGGGGCCCUGCUGGCCCUGCUCAGCGUGGUCAGCUACGAGGGGGGCGAGCCGCGCCCCCUGGGCUCGCGCACUCAGGACCUGCUGGCCGGGCGGGCUCCGCGGCGGCUGCUGGCCGCGUUCCGGGCGCGCCUGGCCGCCAUCACCGAGCGCGUCCGCGCCCGCAACGCCGCGCUGGCCCUGCCCUACCCCUACCUGGAGCCCACCUGCGUGCAGGAGAGCAUCUCCAUCUGA